GAAGAGGCCGAUUGAGCAAGCUCCGGGCCACGUGACGAGACUGGGCGGGGCAUCAAGGUUCAUAUCCCAGAGUCCCUUUGUACCUACUUCCUUUCUGUCCUUUUCCGGCGUUCAAGAUGUCGAAGCGAGGACGUGGUGGGUCCUCCGGUGCGAAAUUCCGGAUUUCGCUGGGUCUUCCGGUAGGUGCCGUGAUCAACUGUGCUGACAACACAGGAGCCAAAAACCUGUAUAUCAUCUCUGUGAAGGGGAUCAAGGGACGAUUGAACAGACUUCCUGCUGCUGGCGUGGGUGACAUGGUGAUGGCCACAGUGAAGAAAGGCAAACCAGAACUCAGAAAGAAGGUACAUCCAGCAGUGGUAAUUCGACAACGAAAGUCAUACCGGAGAAAAGAUGGUGUGUUUCUCUAUUUUGAAGAUAAUGCGGGGGUCAUAGUAAACAACAAAGGUGAAAUGAAAGGUUCUGCUAUCACAGGACCAGUCGCAAAGGAGUGUGCAGACUUGUGGCCCAGGAUUGCAUCCAAUGCUGGCAGCAUUGCAUGAUUCUUUGGUGUAUUUGUUAAUUAAAAAUUAUUUGUUCUCAGUGUUUGCCUUCUUGUUCUUUUCUACCUGUCACUCUUCUUGACACCCCCUAACCUUUUGUAAAAUGAAAUUGCUCAGUGCAGUACUUGUGCUUUGUGACUGUACAGAAACUUUCGGACUUUCCAAUUUCUGCUGUAAAAACUUACUUGUGUUUGGAGUCCUUACAAGAGUAAAUUGCAGAUAGUAGAUAGUGUUUGGUGAGAGGUUACCCCAAGUGCUUAAUUUGAGAUAAGGUGGAGUGAAUGGUCAGAUGGUGGACACACAUGGAGUUCACAGAGUGAUGUGAGGAAGGACCAGGCGCGUGUGUAUAUAUGCACACUUGCAGUUACAGGUUUUCUUUGGGUAAACCAGCACAUAAAGGACUAUGUUUGUAAAACCUAACACAUAAUUGCCAUGUAAAUUUGCUCUUGUGGAAGAUGUUACUAAAAGUACCUGCAUUGUUUUUGCUAUCAAAACGUUUUGACAGGAUAGCUGUAUAGUGUACCUGCCAAACCCUAAUUCAUGAAUAAAAGGUGAUGUAA